ACCCGUCAGUUCGCUGUAAACAGCCUGCGCCGGUCGACGUUUUAAAAAGUUACGAAUUUUCGUUCUGUCAAAUUUGAAUUUUCGAAUAGGCAAAGGAAUAAAACCUAAUGUUUGUCUGUGACAUUUAAGGAUUCUUUGUUUUAAUUUUUUUUUUUUUGUGCAGUGAAAGUGUUCUAUAAGUGAAAGGCGUAUAUAUUUCAAUAAACCACCACCACCAACCACACUAUGUCAGAACAAUUUAAGAGCACACUAGCGCCAUGUCAACGGUGAAGAAUGGAAGUCCACCAUGUUACACACACAGGUCCAACGAUAUCAAGAAUAACACAGACUUAGUAUUAAAGAGACGAAAGAACUGUUCGCGACAUAAUGGCGUAGGGAAAACAAAAUGGCCGCGCGCAAGAUGGCGUUACAGCCCAAUGUUGAUACCGCUGAUUAUUUUAAAUGUUACGAGACAUGCAAAUGGUUUGGAAGACCUAACAAGCCGUGCGCUGCUAUCAAUCUUCCACUACCCGAGCGUCUGCAACCUGGGCUCCGACAUAUUGCCAUGCACGCUGUCUCUCAGCUGCUGGCUGCAAGGAGGCACGAGGGUCAUGGGCUGCGCCGGGAGCUGGCUGUUCUCCUGCUGCUAUCUACACGAUCGGUACAAGAGUGAGGUUGACAACAGUAUUCCAUCGUCAGAAUGGAUGUACAACAAGGUGGUACCGCCUAAACUGCGGCACAUUCCACAGCGUAGUGUGGUACCUGCCAACUUGUUCCGGCGGAGAGUCGACGAUGACGCCUCACAGGCGGACUGCGGUGUGCCUUCAUCCCGUAUCCUGCAAAAGCGCAUCAUCGGAGGCCGAGAGGCGAGGUUCGCGGAGUUCCCCUGGCAGGCCCACGUCCGAAUAUCAGAGUUCCAGUGCGGAGGAGUUCUUGUAUCCCGCUGGUAUGUAGCGACGGCAGCGCACUGCGUGUCGCGCGCGCGGCCGCGUGACAUUGCAGUGUGGCUUGGGGCCCUGGACACCAACGCUGGCUCCGACACUGCUAAGAAGCUUGGGGUCGUACAGAAGAUCCUGCAUCCCUACUUCCAAUACCGAGUGACGCAGCCGGACCGGUACGACAUCGCGUUGCUCAAAUUGUCUCGACCAAUCACAUUCAUGAGCCACAUCCUGCCAAUCUGUCUCCCGGACAGUGAGCUGGAGCUGAGAGGAAGGUCAGGAGUGAUCGCUGGGUGGGGCAAAACUGACUCUAGUCACGGACACACUGGCACGAAUCUGCUGCAGUCGGCAACCGUGCCUAUACUGAGUAAAGAGCAAUGCAUCAAAUGGCACCAGAGCAAGCAGAUCUCGGUAGAGAUCCACUCGGAGAUGAUAUGCGCCGGACACUCCGACGGUCAUCAGGACGCAUGCUUAGGAGACUCUGGAGGACCUCUAAUAGUCCUGGAUAGCGGUCGUUACUACCUUGUCGGCAUCACGUCGGCCGGCUUCGGCUGCGGCGUUGACCACCAGCCCGGGAUAUACCAUAACGUCAAAGUCACUUCCACAUGGAUCAAAGAGGUCAUAUCUCCUCAGACCAACUAUAUUAGCUUUUGAGAAUAAUAUCCUAUCUUCAGAAAUUACUUCUCUAGUCUAGUUUUUGACUUCACUAAGAAGGUUAUCUUCCACGUGGAUCAAGAAGGUCAAUUCUCCUCUGACUAACUAUAUUAAUUUAUCAGAUAUAGCAUCUAGAUCAGCCUUCUUGGUUUUCACUGCUAUGAUCAGACGUUUUCCGGGACAAAAGUUAUCAUCCCUGUAAACAUUUAUUUAAAGUCACUUUCACUUGAAUUGAGGAAGUAAUCGUACUUCAGACCAAUUUUUAUUAGCCUUUGAGAGAAAUAUUAUCCAAACUUCAUAAAUCUACAAGUACUAAAGAACUCUUAAAGUCAUAGAAUAUCAGUUUCUUAGAAGAAUAGCAGCCAGCCUUCUUGGCAACGGCUAUGGCGUCGACCACCAGAAAGUAUUCUACCACGUCAUAGAGUUUCACUUGAGGUAAUGAUAUAACAUCAACUUGUAAUUUGGAUAGCAUAAAAACCUUACAAGAAAUAAGUACAAAAAAUUCUCAUGAUAAGGAUUUAUGUUCAACCAAUCUAUAAAAAGGAUACAUACUCGUACAAACAUAUGUACGGUUUUUGUUUGUACAUGGAAAUAUGGUAGAUAAGAUGAAAAGUCUUUAAAUGGUAUAUAAAAAGAUGUUUAUUGUAUAAAUCAAAUAAGCACGAAAACAGCACGAUUAAGAAAUAAAGUUACUAUGUAGAUAUAGUAAAACGAUAGUACGACGAAUAUAAAUGAAAAUUGUGUCAUUCCUACUCAUAAUCGAUCGAUUGAUAACACAAGUGUUACAAUCGAUCGAUUAUGAUCUCGAGUCUACUUUUGAUAAAAUAUUGUACAAAUUUGUCUAAGUUUUUUUUGUAAAAAUAUAUAUUUGGUAUCUUAGUAGUGCAGUUUAAGUUAUUCACUUUAUGACCAUUGCUUGAAACAAAAUUCACCAUGAGAUCGCGUGUUUUAAAAAAUUUAUUAAAAGUGUUACCUAAUAAAAGUAUCGGUAAAAAAAAUUAUAGACAUACUUUUCUAAAUAAAGAAUAUUAUAUUAUUAUUAUUAAUGUCGACCUCUGUAAUGUGCAUUCGCAAUUUGACCGCAUCACUUUAAUAGUUUUUUUAAGUCUUUAAAGACGCGUGCUGAGAUUUACUUAGUGAAUAAUUCCAUUUUUUAUAAGACAUUUUAUAAAUUCUUUGUAUAUGUUAAUUAAUAUUUGCUUCGCUCGCCAUUCCUAUCACGUGGCUGUUUUGAUCUCUUAUACUGUUUUAUAUAUUAAUAAAUUAGUUGUUACAGCAAUAAAUUUAACCAA